AUGGCGAAUAUUCCCACCUGGAAUGGUACACCAGGAACAUCCCAACAGUCUCAAGAUCUGAGGGUGUCCUCCAGUGGGAGUACAACGGCAGUUCGCAAUGAAUUUGAUAUCGAGUUUGAGGACACUUGUCCGGUAGAAAACAGCUCGAUAGUGUCUGAGAAGGGUCCAGAGACAAACAAUGCCCGUGGCCACCAGGAUAAGAACAUCAAGGAUGUAUUUUCGAGCCAGAACGCGCCCUCAACAGUUAAUUCGGUGGCAGAGGUGACACAACUACAGACCAAUGAUGGUGAUGGUCGUGAAAUCGUGCAUCAUGGACCGGCAGUCGAAAUGGAUGACGUCAUGCAGGAGCGGUCGCAUCAGCAGGUGUUUCCAUCGAUGGAGACUGCUAGUUAUUCAAACUCGGAACAGGUUGGAACUGAGCAAGAGUAUCCAGUGGCCACUAGUCUGGGCUUGCCUGAAGAUCACAUUGAGGCUUUAGGAACUAGCCACCAGAGCAGUGCAAGAAUGUCAUCACCAGUAUGUAGCAACUCAUACGCGCGGAUCUCUCAGUCACCUUCAAUGGGAGUCUUGGAUAGCACACUGAACAUUGGAGGUGAAUCUCGAGCUGAAAAUGUUCAGUUUGAGGAAACGGCUGUCGAGGGAUCUAAAGGCGAGGCCGUCCCAAGCUAUGAAGAUGAGAAUGCAAUGGAUGAGGCGAACAUUACUGAAAGCCUCUAA